AUGUCCAUGUCGGUGAUGGCAGCGGUUAAAUACGUCCCCUCCCCUCCUCUACAGCGACCAGAAACGACCCCAGCUGGGGAUACCCGGCAUACGACGCACACUGUUUCCUUUACAGGAAUCCGAUGGAAGGACUGCACUGAGUACUGCAGGAAGUGCAAAGGUCGUGAACACGGCAAAUGCCAUAAGGUACACAAGGCCGACUGCAACGGAGGAUAUCAUUGCAUGUGCCUAGGCAAACAUGUGAGCAAGUCAGAAGUUCUCAAGGACGCUGCAACAUGUCGCCUUGGUUUGUAA